GUUUUCAUUAGACAUGUGGACAGGACAUCGAUUAGCUCCGAGCGCGUAUUUUUUUGUCUACAGGCCGCCAUCGAGAGAAGGCAUCUAAGGCUCCAGCUGUGUGCGGACGAUAGAAUAGAUUUGUUGGCAGACAUGAUGCGGAAUUUUCCUGAAAAUGGGAUAAACAUCGAUCGGGUCGAGAUAUCGACAGCCCGAAAUGUAUUCUAUGUACCAAAUGCAGUUGGAAUCCUGGCCGACUGGGAGAUCAUAGUCUCGGUAAGGGAAAAGAUUUGUUUGGUGAAUCUAAAAAUUAUAGCAUUUCUUUCCUCGUGUGGGCGGAAGAUCGAGAGGGAGGGUUCACGCAUGUUGAUGUCGCUCGGAGCAUGGUGGGCA